AUGCACAGACUGCCCAGUGUUGUAGGGCCUCCUAGUGCGCAUGCAGCCUCUACGAUGGGUCCCUAUUACGUUGGGGACAUCUGGAUGAAGGGGGGGCCCUUCCGCAGCAUCUGUUUGCCUAUUGCGUGCAAACCACAGCACACGCUGAAGUGUUUCCGGAGGGCCUCCCAUGCAGACAAGUAUCCUGGAACAGGGGCCCCUCUGGGCCCUGUAGCUGGGCACCUCCUUGCGCUGGGGGCCCCCCGGCCCCGAGGCCCUUUUUUGCAUUCCCUUUGGCCUCGCAUUAUGGAAGGGCAGCCACUCAACUUGUCAGCUUCUCUUAGGGGGCCCCCCAAGAUGUCUCGCCAUCCGUACAUUGGUGCUGCUAAGGGGGCAUUAUCCCCUGCAGCAAUACAUUCCGCUUCUUCAAGGGGGCCCCCUGGGGCCCCCGACAAACCAAAAUUGGGGGCCACCCCUCUACAUCUCUCUCUGGGUUCUAAAGAUGCAGGGGCCUUGCAAGAAUCUUUUGAGGGUUCCCGAGGAGGAGCUGCAGGAGAAGGGCCCCCAGGAAUGGAGGGGGCCCCCCUUGGGGCCUCGGAGUGCCCUUCAGGCCGGGGGCCCCGCGUGGCUUUCUGGGAGCUGCUGGGGCUUCUAAAGGAAGACAAAAUGCGAGUGGCAGGAGUAAUCCUUGCGCUGCUGCUGAGCAGCGGGACGCAGCUGCUGCUACCUCUCGCCGUCGGCAAGUUAGUGGAUGCCGCCGCACAAACCCCCGUUCAGCAGCAGCAACAGCAGCAGAAGCAGCAGGUGCUGCUGCAGCAGCAGGUGCAGCAGCAGGGGGCGGAGCAUCCCAUUAUGGGGUUUACCGAUACGCUGCGGGGCCCAGAAGGUCCGCAGGACGGCGCCUCUGGAGCAGCAACUGCUGCGACAGGAGCAGCAGAAGCAGCAGCAACUGCUGCUGCUGUAUCAGCUGGGCUGGAAACAGCAACGGCAGCACCAACAGCAGCAGGAGAACGCAGCAGCUGGGGCCAUCUUAUAAGAACCGUUGAAGACAGGCUGCAGACACCUGGGGCCCGUUUGGGUCUCUGCGUCGCCUUGGGCGCUGUGGGGGCCAUCACCUCAUUCACCCGACUCUUUCUUCUUGAGUCUACAAUAGAACGGAUGGCCUGCCGCCUCCGGAGCAGUUUAUUUAGGCGGCUUCUUUAUCAGACGAUCCCCAAUUCCCAGCAGCAGCAGUUGGGGGCCUUAGCGAAGCAUUUGUCUCAAGACGUGGUGACAGCGAGCAGAGUGCUGGUGGAUAUAUCCUUUGGUCUUCGUUGUCUCCUAACGUCUGUUGUCGGCAUCGCCUUGUGCUGGGCUGCUGCUCCCUGCUCCUUCCUGCUGUCUCUGCUGGUGCCGAUUGCUGGCGCAGCGGCGCUGCUGCGUCUCUCAGCAAGACACGUGGCUCGACUGCAGCAGCAGCACAGCAAGGCGCUGCAGGGGGCCCUCCAGCGCGCUACAGGGGCGCUUAGUGCGAGGAGACAACUCAGGAGUCUCAAUGGCGAGGCCCUCGAGGCCAAGGCAUUUGAUGCUGCACUGGAAGGCGUACUGACAGCAGCGCAAAAGAGUUCUGUGGCUGUUGGCUGUCGCCACGCCUUCGUUUUUGCUGCUGGUUCGGGGCUGUUGAUUCAUCUCGUUCAUGCUGCAGCAUCUCUUGUUGCUCAGGGGGUCCUAACGGGAGGCCAAGUGAUGUCUCUGGCGCUGUACUCUGCUUUCGUCGGCUCUUCAAUCCAGGGCUGCGCUACAGCAUGGAGUGAUGCUUAUCGUGCUGUUGCUGCAGCAGACAAUAUGCUAAAGUUGCUGCUGGAGCCACCGCCCCCCCUCCUGGCCUCCCCACUGAACUACCCCGGCGAGUUGAGUCGCUUUCAGGAGGCCCUCCGCCGGCAGCAGCAGCAGCAGCAAGAGCAGCAGCAGCAGCCACAGCAACAGCAGCAGCAGCAACAAGCAGCAAUAGCAGCAACGGCAGCAGCAUGCGGGACUGCGACAGCUGAUCAUCGAGGCCUUUCUGUUGAGUUUAGAGACGUGUGGUUUUCUUAUCCUCUCCGGCAAAACCACUGGGCCCUUCGGGGUCUCAGCUUCAAAGUGCCUCCAGGAGCUGUUGUUGCCAUUACGGGUCCCAGUGGGAGUGGCAAGAGUUCAUUGGGUGCUCUUUUGCUGCGUUUAUUUGAGCCCCAAAGAGGCGGCAUCUUCUUUGAAGGCCUUUCAAUACAAUCCUUUGACGAACGUUUCAUUCGCUCACUUGUUAUUCCGGUGCUGCAGGAUUCUUUGUUGCUUUCUGGGACUUCUUUGGAGGCGCAGAUUCGCUAUGGGUAUUUGGCACAGCAGGAAGCGAUAGGAGCAACUUCGGGUCUGCAUUUGCCUGUCUCAGCAGCGUGUGAUGCUGCACACGUCUCACCUUUUGCUGCUGCUCUUCCUGAGGGCCUUCAGACGCAACUUUACGAGCGCGGGGCUGUCUUAUCAGGGGGACAAAGACAGCGCGUGUGCCUCGCAAUGGCCUUGUACCGCCUUCAGCAGUCACAAGGAGACACCCAGGACAAACGGAAAGGAGACAGCAGCAGCGCACUCCCCACAAUGCUGUUUCUAGAUGAGGCCACAUCUUCUCUUGAUGCAGACACCGAACGCCAAAACUUACGGGGAGAGACAUGCCUCUUUGUCUCUCACCGCCCCGGUGUCCUCGAUAUUGCAGAUCACAUCAUGGUGCUCGUCGAUGGCCGAAUAAUUCAAUUUGGCCCUAAGGAAGAAGUCCUCAGACAACCCUGCCUCCCCUUGCAAUGGCUCAUCUCUGGCGCUGUCCCUUCUGAGCCUGUCUCUACCGAGGGGGCCCCAAUACCCCCUCAGCCCAACUCUGCGAGCUCCCUUAGGGGCCCCCUACGGGCUUGA